UAGAUCUCACGUGCAGAAUAACUCAGUGAGUUUGUGAAGAAUAAAUAUAUAAAGUGUGUAUUAGUGAUAGUGCAAACAAUGGGAAAAACAUAUAAUGAUAAAUGUAGGCCUCUUUGGUAUCCUCGACGGUCUACGAAAAGAGGAUGGGUACUAAGACGGCAGUUAUCGAAAAAGCUGAAAGAGGAAGGUGAUGUAAAGAGAACGGACAACGAAUUUGUCAAGCCAGACAUCAGUGGCAUCGCUGUUAAAUAAUAACAGUAUGAUAGAUCCAGAGGAUCUUAUUCAAGAAGCAUCACUGGACGUAAGUAAAUUAGAAAGCGAAAUAUGCAUGAAAAUGUGCAAUUUGACAAAGAUGAUGACGAUAGUUUUGUAAUCGAAAAAGGUCUGUGUAAAAAUUUUAUCCAAGAACACGAGCCUGAAAGUGAUUGCAUUGUAAAUAUGUCUCAUUUUUUGAAAGAAAUGCAUAGAACAUUCGAUAACCAUGCGCGAGGAAUAGAGUGCCAAUUUAAAGAUUGGAUACUUAUAAAUUCUCGUCGCUUGGGAUUUUUAACAAAAAUUUUUUUUAAAUGUCGAAUGUGUAACUAUGAAGCCUAUUUUUGGUCGCAUCCGCAAAAAGACGACACAUUAAAUAUUAAUAGUGCUGCUGUAGCUGGAACUAUUACAACUGGAAUAGGCUUCGCCCAGUUACAAGAGCUACAUGCAGCUAUGAAUCUCUUUUGCAUGUCUGAACCAACUUAUAUAAAGUACAGAGACCAAAUAAUUGAUGAAUUUCAAAAAACGGCUAUGGAAAGUAUGAAAAAAGCCGGUGAACUUGAAAGAGCACUCGCUCUUGAAAGGAAUGACGUUAUAAACGGUAUUCCAUACAUACCCGUUGUAGCAGACGGUUGUUGGCUGAAGAGAACUUAUGGUAGUGGUUAUAAUUCUGCUUCCGGUGUUGGAGCUAUAAUUGGUUACCACACGAAAAAGGUUCUAUUUCUUGUUGUCCGCAAUAAGUAUUGCUCAAUAUGUGAUAUGGCAGAGCGGAAAAAUAUCAAACCAAGAACGCAUAAAUGCUAUAAGAAUUUUGAUCGCAAUGCAAGUUCCACAAGGAUGAAAAGUGAUGCUAUUGCGGAAGGUUUCAAUUGUAGUCUUGAAAUGCAUAAUUUGAUUUAUAAAACGGUUAUUGCGGAUGGUGAUAGUAGCUUAUUUCAAACCAUUCUUGAUAACGCACCAUACAGUAAACAGAUGGUGACAGUAAAAAAAAUAGAAUGCACAAAUCAUUUACUCCGUAAUUUAUGCAAUAAGUUAAAAGCUGUGUCACAAAUAACUCAGCCAAAAACGCAUAGACAGCGUGGUUUUGUACAGGUGCGAAAUAUUGUAAAAAAAAAUAUUUUAAAUAUUCGACGGGAAAUAGAAAAUGCAGCAAAAUUACGAAGAAAAGAACAAAAACCUCAACAUUGUAGAGUUAAAGAAUUACAGGAAGAUAUCUUGAACAUUCCUAGCCACGUUUUUGGCGAACAUAAGCGAUGCGAAAUACGUGGUCAAAUGUGGCAAAGAAAUAAAAAUAGAACAGAAAAAAAUUAUGUACCAUAUUUAAAGUUAUAUGGUUUGUACCAAAAAAUAGAAAGUGCAAUUUUUUAUAUAAGCGGUUAUUCUGACAGCUUAUUAUUACACUUGACCAAUAAUCCUGCAGAAGCGUUUAACUCAAUAGUCUGUAAAAUGAUUGGUGGAAAGCGGAUUCACUUUGGAAAACGAGGUUCUUUUGAUGCUAGAUCUGCGGGAGCAGCUGUACAAUAUAAUUCACAAGAAAUCCUUACAGAAUUACAUCGAAGUAUGAAUAAGAAUGUUCCACCUGUUAUCGAGAAUCUGGAGAAACAGCGACAAAAAAAAAUUGCGAGAACCAGAGAAUCUCGAGAAGCACAGGGAAGGCAAAAAAAAUUUAAAAGAGAACCAGGAACAGAUAGUCAUUACGGUCCGCAAUCACGAAAACCAGAUCUUCCACCUGAAACAUUCGAGCAACUUCGUCAACACCAUUUAGAAGAGUUGUUCGAAAACGCUAAAAACUGGAAAAAAAUUGAAUUUGAUACCAGACAACAAAGUAAAUCACAAUUAUGGUUAUCAUUGAGACGAAAAAUGUUAACGUCAUCUAAUUUUAGAAGUGUAUGUCGCAUGAGACAGACAACAUCUUGUGCAGGGACAGUAAAAGCUAUUUUAUAUCCUCCGUUCAUUGAUACCGCAGCCGUAAAAUAUGGUUGCGACAUGGAGGAAAUUGCGAAAAAAGAAUUGGCAACAAAAUUAAACAAAUUAGUGAAAUCUUGCGGAUUAUUCAUAGAUACUGAAAAUCCAUGCUUGGGUACUACACCUGAUGGACUUCUUGAUGAAAACGGUCUAAUAGAAAUCAAGUGCCCCUUAUCAGCUGAAAAUUUAACAGCAGAAAAAGCAAUAAAAACAAUACCUUCUUUGAAAGGCAUUUUUGAUAAAAAGAAUCCAGAUAAAAUGAAUAAGAAUCAUCGAUUCUUUUAUCAAAUUCAAGGGCAAUUAAAUAUAACGCGACGAGAGUAUUGCGUUUUUGCUCUAUGGACACCAAAAAGUAUGAAAAUGAUUUAUAUAAAUAGGGAUGAUGCUUUUUGGAAAAAUCAAAUGCUGCCAUUCUUAACACGCUUCUAUGAUGAAUGCAUGAUUCCGGAAAUCUUGGAUAGUCGCCAUAACAGACAUGUGCCGAUUAGAGAUCUUGGAUAUAUCAUAGAAGCAAAGAGAGAAGCAGCUAAAAAAGAAAAUAUUCGAAAAAGUUUUCGGCAAAGUACAUUACAUGAAAAUGUUGCUAAUAAGGAACAAGAAACAUUAGAUAUUUCAUGUACAAAAACAGAAAUUACCACUGCUAUGGAGCAAGAUGAUGAUUGCACGUACAUUGGUACAAGUCAUAAGGAUGUAACCGAAGAAGACAAAGCAAGACGACAAAUAAAUUUAGAUGAAGUUGUCAUACCAGUUUCUUUGGUGAGAGAAAAUGUCUUGUCUGAUAAUAUGUUAAAUGAUGAGUCGUUAGAUUCAUUUUUACGCGUCAUAAGAGAAACGACUCAAUUUCAAACGCAAAGUGUGCAAUAUCAAGGAUGUCUUGAUUAUAUUGACGCUAGUCAAAGUAACAAAAGCGUACAGAUAAUUGAAGGAAAAAGUCUAUGGACUGGAGACGGAAUUGCACAUUGGCGAUGUAUAUUUUAUGAUGGCACCAAACUUUACGUAUAUGAUAGUAUACCUAAUUGUAAAUACGAUAAGUUGGCAGCUAAAGAGAAAAAUUAUAUACAUCUGCGAUAUCCAAAAAUAAAGCUGAGUGAUAUUAUUUUUGAAAAAGUUGAUACGCAGCCUGAUUCUACAAGUUGUGGAAUUUACUCAGCAGCAUUUGCUACAACUAUAGUCUUAGGUGGCAAUCCGUGUAAUGUAAAAUAUUCCAGAAACAUGAAAAGCAUGAGACAGCACUUUAUGAAAAUUAUAGAGAGUAAUAAACUGCUGGCAUUUUCAGAAAGAUAAAAAUAUAUCUUAUUAAAAUUUAAAAAAUACGAUAUUGUAAAAAUAUCACUAAGAUAAAACAUGUUUCAUAAAUUAAACUUUUGUUCUGACGGUACUAGUAAAUUAAAAGCUAGCAGCGUCUAUUUAAACAGUACUAAUUGUAAUAAGAAUCAGAAGCUUCUGUUUAGACGGUAUUGGCGAAAUAAAUGCUAAAAGCGUCGUUUUAAAGAGCAAUGAUUAUAUUUAAAGUCAGAAGCGUAUCUUGAAACGAUACUGAUUCUUACAAUUAUUUAAAACGGAGAGACGAAAAAAUUUUAUUGGUUACGUCUCACAAGAAUGGGCGUUGGAGGGGCCCAUUCUAUA